AAUUCGCAGUCACUUUCACAAGGAUCCACGGAGCUCGAAAAGCUCAAAAACAAUGGCGUCUCAGUCGUGUCUCUCGAUUUGCGGACUUUCAUCCUCCGCUUCUCUCUACACCAAGCCCCGGCUACUAUCUCCUCCGUCGCCGUUUCAUCGAGCUCAUCGCUUACAAAACCCUAACACGCUAUGUAGGAAGAUUGAGAGAGUAAUUUGCAAAGCGGAGUUAUCACAGGACGCACCACUUGUUACCGCCAUUGGUGCUUGUAUCCUCAGUUCAUUUGUUUUCCCAGUGGCGAAACGAGUCAACGAUGAGGAAGAAGAAGAUGAGAACUCAGCGAUUGUUUCAACAGAUAUGAGAUUAGCUGCUAUGGGAAUCAUCAGCUUCAUACCUUACUUCAAUUGGCUGAGUUGGGUCUUUGCUUGGCUUGACACUGGAAAAUCUCGUUACGCUGUAUAUGCUCUUGUGUAUCUUCUUCCUUAUUUGAGUUCGAAUCUGUCUAUAUCUCCAGAAGAUAGCUGGUUACCAAUUACAAGCAUCGUCUUGGGCAUUAUUCAUGUUCAGCUUGAAGCAAGUAUCGCAAAUGGUGAUAUUGAGACACUUCGAUUCUUCAGAAACACAUCUGAAGACUUUUCAUCUAACAAAAGAAUCCAUUUUGACAAACACUCCAAGGGUAAAAACAGUGACGAUGAUGAUUAAAAAAAAUCUCAAAUGACACUAAAGAGGAUAAAUGAAUAUUUGUAACAGACCUUAGCUUAUUAGCUUUGUUAAUUUAAUUUCCUUAAUAUUCGAAUUUUUAAAAUGGUUAAAUACUUAAAUUUGAUAUACACGAAAAUAAAACCAUACCUUUUUUGCACA